UUCAAUAAAGGUUGUUAUAAAAAAGAGAAGAUCUUUGCACCCGGAAGGAAAAGCCCAGAAUGAGGAGAAGCGCCUCUCUCUACAGAGCAGGAGAUGGAUGACAGAAACCUUCAGCAGGACUUUGAGGACCAGUUCAAUGAUGUGGUCUCCAGACUGCAGUCCAAGCAGAUGUUCCAGUCUGAUUGGGACAUCGCUUCGUUUGCAGUUUUCUUCAUCUUCAUCGGUGUGGUCCUCACUCUGGUCAUCCUGGUCCUGAUCCGCUGCUGCUGCUGCUGCUGCUGUGAUGAUGAAAAGCCUCGCAGGAGAAUGGUUGGCAUAGAGAACUACGGGCUGCAGCCCUGAGUACCGACCCAGUCAUGGAGCAGAACCUGCAAACCGCCUUCCUGCUGCUCAGGACACCCAGCUGGAAUUAGAAAGCUUCUUCUUUUUCACAUUAGAUCAAAUCUUGUUUGUUAAAGCCUUGGAAAAGGCGGCACACGUGAUUUUUUUCUCUCCAGUCAAAUCUUUGUGGUUCUUAUUGCGGGCGGGGUAACACCAGAACCGCAGGGAGACGUCGGCUGUCUGCAUUUUUAGAAGCUGUUUAGUUUUUUUUAUUGCUGAAAUGAUUAUAACUGAAUUGAGUUUUUACGUAGAAAUAAAAUGCUUGCUGUGUC